UCUUCAUAACAAUAUACGAUUCUCAUUUCCCCUUCAGCUAGUUCUUUAAUUUCUUCCCCAUGGCACGCUUAGCAUUUGUGCUAGUAUGUGCUGUAGCUCUAUUGGCUUCUUCAGUAGCCUCUGGUGCAAUUGUUGAGCAUUCUUUUAAUGUAAACAACAUGACAGUUAGCCGACUGUGCCGAAAUCAAUCGAUUACUGUAGUAAAUGGGAGCUAUCCAGGACCGACAAUAUAUGCACGAGAUGGAGACACACUUAUUGUCCACGUUUUAAACCAAUCACCCUACAACAUUACUAUUCACUGGCAUGGAAUCUUUCAGCUUCUGAGUGCAUGGGCGGAUGGACCUGCAUAUGUAACUCAAUGUCCUAUACGCCCUGGACAAAGCUUUACAUACAAAUUUAAUAUCACCGGACAAGAAGGCACCCUUUGGUGGCAUGCCCACGUUUCGUGGCUCCGCGCAACCGUCCACGGAGCACUCAUAAUCCACCCGAAAGUCGGUCGAUCCUUCCCCUUCCUCAAGCCCGCCAAAGAAGUUCCCAUCUUAUUAGGAGAGUGGUACAAUGGUAAUGUUGUUGACAUUGAGGAAGAAGGCCUAGCUACCGGAAUUGCUCCUAACGGUUCAAAUGCUUACACCAUAAAUGGACUUCCCGGCGAUCUAUACGACUGCUCUCAAAAUCAGACAUAUCAACUCAAUGUGGUGAGAGGAAAGACCUACCUCCUACGCCUAAUCAAUGUUGCACUCAAUAACCAACUCUUCUUCAAGAUAGCCAAUCACAACAUGACAGUUGUCGCUAUCGACGCCACCUAUACCACUCCUUAUGUCACCGACGUGGUGGUUACUGGACCCGGCCAGACCACUGACGUUCUCGUCAAAUUCAAUCAACCUAUUGGAUCCUAUUUCAUGGCCGCCACUCCUUAUGCUAGCGCAAACAUUAACUUUGAUAACACAACCACCAGAGGCAUCAUCGUCUACAAGGGCUCUAGAUCAUCAACCCCCAUUAUGCCCUCAAUGCCCAACCCUCGCAACACACCAUUGGCCCACAAGUUCUUAACCAAUCUCACCGGCCUUGCCGGCGGGCCCCAGUGGGUCCCGGUCCCACUCAAGGUGGACGAGCGCAUGUUUGUGACAAUUAGCGUCAACUUGGAGCUGUGUCCGGAAAAUGCCACAUGUCAGGGCCCGCUCUUUAAUCGAUUGUCCGCUAGCAUGAACAACGAGUCAUUCGUGCUUCCGAGCAAUACAUCCAUGAUGGAAGCACAGUUUAACAACAUGAGUGGGGUUUACACCAGAGAUUUUCCUGACGAGCCUCCGAUCAAGUUUGACUACACGGACACGAACGUUAGCUUUGACCUGUCGUUGAUAUAUGCCCCAAAAUCAACCAAGGUCAAGACGUUGAAAUUCAAUUCGACGGUGGAGGUCGUGCUUCAAAACACAGCGUUCUUGGCGAUUGAGAAUCAUCCGAUGCAUCUCCAUGGCUUCAAUUUCCACGUGCUGGCACAAGGGUUUGGUAAUUACGACCCAAUUAAUGACCCCAAAAAAUUUAACUUCAUUAAUCCACAAAUACGUAACACAAUUGGUGUGCCGGUCGGAGGAUGGGCUGUGAUCAGGUUUCAAGCAAAUAAUCCAGGUAUUUGGUACAUGCACUGUCAUUUGGACGUUCAUGUGCCCUGGGGGCUAGGCAUGGCUUUUGAGGUUGAAAAUGGACCGACGCCAGAAUCUACUUUGCCUCCGCCACCACUUGAUCUUCCCAAAUGUUAGAAGUUGUUCGAAAGGCAUCUCAAAAUAUUGUUUCAUUUUUUUGUACUUUAAAAAUAUCGUGGUCACUUUCAUUCUUUUGGUUACAAAUGAAUAACUUUGUAAUAAAAUUAGUCACGGAUGUAUUGUAAAACUUGGUCAUCAUUGUUUGACUAAAAUCACAAUAAAUUAUUUAUUCAUAAUAUUUCAAGUAA